UAUACUUCAGAUUCAUGGAGAACAGAACCGCAGCACAGUGCUAGACGAAAACGGACGUCAAGAAAUGGAAAGAAGUUUAGUUUUUUGAAAAGUUUACUAGCGUUGGUUUAUUCAGCAAUUGCUUUGCGUGAUUCAUCGAGUAGAAUCCUCACGGUAUUUAUUUUGUUAAUAGCUAAUCAAGAUGUUAAGUUUGUACAGAUUCAGUCGAAGCACUGGAUUUCGCAUCAUGAAACGUAACUUUAGUGCUCCUGUAGCUCCCUUUGCUUCUCACGUCACACCUGAUGAAGGCAAGAUCGAGGAUAAUAAAAAAUCCGAUGUUUCCGUACGGCAAACUCAACACGCAAAGUCGCUGGGAGAUCAACACAUAACCAAAAAUCCGAUAGUUGCCGCUGCUUUUGCAUCAUUGUUGCAUGAAAAUCGACUGUCUGGUAAAACUACAACGGUGAUUUCCAACGGCAUUGAUGAAAAAAUCUUCAACGCUAGUACAGUGAAUGAUCUCCUGGCAAUUCCUGGUCGAGCGAAAGUAUCUCGUAAGCAAGCUUUGAAGAUUGUUUCAAUAUUGGCCGAAUGGAGUUCUAUAAAAAAGGUGAAACUGUCGGAAUUUGAGAAUGAUUCUCGGUUCAUACAGUUAUGCAACGUAUUAGGCAGGACCAGUAACCGAAAUAACGGCACCUUAAAUAAGUCAUCGUUUACCAUCAACCGAACUACUGGAUCAAACUUACAUGUUGAUGAUCUACAAACGGUGCUAGGUGUUACAGCGAACGAUGAAGCGGCGAAACUGAUUGCGGGAUUAACGAUGUCACAAAUGAUUAAGGUUAUGACUUCUUUGGCUCAAAAAAAGAAAAGAAGCACUCCGUUGCUCCGUUCACUUGCAUUCAACAUAAGCAGUUCAUCCAGUCAGCUCAAUCUGAAAGAGUGCGGCGAUUUACUGUAUGCCAUGGCAAACCUGAAUUUUCGUGACUCAGUGUUAGCUGCUAAAGUUUGCACCGACGUAGAAGCUGGAUUAGCAGAAAAUGAAGAUAAGCCCGGAUCAGUUGGGUCUAUUCUAACCAGUUUAAGCCUUUUGCGGUACCGGGAUACUGCAAUAUUGGAUGUGCUUUCGGAUUGGAUUGUUUCAAAAAGCGAAAUUUGCAAACCGGCUCAUGUAGGCACUUUCUUGCUGUCGUUAGCCACAUUGAAUUAUGAACCAAACAAUAUGGACAAUGUGCAGGAAAAGUUGGUCAAUCAUCUAAUGCAAAGCGAUUUUAUUAAAUCGGUUGAUUGGUUGAACACGGUGUGGUCUCUGGCUGUACUUAACUGUGUUUCACAGCAGCAGUUGGUUUCUGUGUUGAAUUCGAGUUUUAUAUCUUGCUUGGAAAAGGAACGUAGCGGUGAACUAUCUCCCGCUAUCAAGAUGAAACUCCUGAAUCUUAACGCAGUUGCUAAUAACGUUGUCAGAAGUGAUUCUGAUUUUAGCACAUUGAAUCCAAAUGACCCUAAGUUGUUUGUUCCUAUUGAAUGUUCGAAAAGCAAACGUGUAUUGAUUACUGGAAUGUUGGAUGCACUUAAAAGUCUUCUUCCGUCGGAAAAUCAUGUUCGGAUUAAUCAGAGAACAACCAUGGGAUUCGCUAUUGAUGCAGAAUGCGUGCUGGAUUCGAGGUGCUUACCGCUGGCAGUCGACAAAGAACACGCGGAUGCCAAACGGAUCGCCUUACUUGUGCACGAUUAUCAUGACAUGUGCCAGGGACCGCACCCGUCAUUAAACGGGGUUCAAGCUCUAACCUGCCGCUUGCUGGAAAAAAGUGGCUAUUCAGUACUAUCGAUUCCCUACAGUGAGUUCAAUACCAGCGACAAACUACUGAAGCGAGUAGAGUAUUUACAAAAAAGGUUCAAAACUCUCGUUAGUCUGAGAGUAUAGGUGAUUAUUUUACCAAAAUAUAGAAUUCCAAAUACACGUGGAUUGCAGUUAGUGCACUAA